AUGCAUAAAAAUCAUAUAACGUCCGUACCCAUCUUUUCCCACAAUGGUACUACCGUCGUCAGCAUUGUCAAUCUCUUUGAUAUCUUGCUCUAUUUGAUUCCGGAAACCGAUAAUUUGGAUACGGAUAACUUCCGCUUGCAAGAUCCGGUGGAAAAUGUACUCGGACUCGAUGUCGACCGAGAAAGUUACCGCAUAUAUACAACGUAUUAUACCGAUAAGCUGCUGCCGACCUUGAACGCGUUUGCUUCUGGUGUCCAUCGUUCGCUUGUCAUUGAUAACCAAGGCCAAUCGGGUAAUCCGUGGCUGUUAUCGCAAACGGACAUUAUCCGACACAUUUAUCAACAUCCCGACAGUAUACAAGGCUUAGCCGAUGCCGAAGCUCCAGUGGACAGCUUUGAUUUCUUGAAACGUCCUUUGAUUACUGUUCCCGAAACCAAGUCAGCCUUGGCUGUCUAUCGCUUAUUGGCGGAGAAAAACCUCAGUGGCGUACCUAUUGUGGAUGACAGUGGCCAUUUCUGUGGCGAUAUAUGUUUGGAGGAUUUACCGUCAGCGAACUUGGAACAUAUUGACGAUCUGACAUUAUCAUGCAAAGAAUAUUCCAAGAAAAAAUCCCAUGCUUCACCACCCACCGCAACCCCGGAUACAAAACUUCAGGAUAUUCUCCACAUUCUUGUAACCAAGGAUACCCACCGUGUAUGGAUUCUCGAAAACACCUCCUCUCAAAUGGUCGUAGGCGUAGUGACCAUGUCAGAUAUCAUUCAUCUGUUAUGCAAGGACCAUGCUUCGUCGAUUUUUUAA